CUUCCUAUAAGGUCUCGUGUUCGGUCGGGUCUCGGUCGUACAUCACAUUCAACUGCAACGGAGGCAGCAAUUCAGUCCGUGACUGAAUUUCGGCUGUUGCCCUUUGCGUGUUUUCCCGCGCGACACGUGUGCAUCUGGACUGUGUUUCUUUUUUUUAAUUUUCAUAACGGCCGCCUACAACAGCCAGUGUUUACUGCCGCAAAAUGGCUGCAAUGUGUGUGGAAUCGUCAUCGUCGACUUCGUCAUCGCCCGUGGACGGACACGUGAGGGACGCCAACAACAUCAACAACGAUCACAUCAAAAGGCCUAUGAACGCAUUCAUGGUCUGGUCGAGAGGACAACGACGUAAAAUGGCCCAAGACAAUCCGAAAAUGCACAAUUCAGAGAUAUCCAAACGGCUGGGUGCCGAGUGGAAAAUGUUGACGGAAAUCGAGAAAAGACCCUUCAUCGACGAAGCCAAAAGACUCAGAGCGUUGCACAUGAAGGAGCAUCCGGACUACAAGUACCGGCCGCGUCGCAAACCCAAAAGCGGAAUGUCAAGUGGCAGCAAGACCAAAGAAUCGAGCCGUUAUCCGUACUCGGUAGACACGGCAUCGCACCGUCAUCACCAAAUGUCGCACCAUCUGCCAACGCAUUCUCACCACCACAUUCAACCAAACAAUUCGACAAUGUUGCCCAGUUUUAACCGUAACCUUUUCUCGCCACCUGACCCGGUCGGUGGAACGAUUCCAGCAGCGCACCCGAGUGCUUCGUCGUCGUCAGCUUCAUCGUCGGGCUCGACAUCAGCAGUCGCAAACGACCGAACAGCCAAUGAAAGGGCCGAAUUCAACUACUCUCGAAUGCUGUUCGCUUCGCAGUUGCCCGGUCUUCAUUUGGGUUUCGCCACCCUGGGUCAUCCGGCACUUCACGCUGCUACCACCGUCCAGAUACCGUGGUACCACUACAGCAUGGAUUCCAAUGUGUUUAACCCGCUGACCCAUCCAGCUUCGGCCGGCCUUCAACACCAUUCAGUCAACCAUCACCAGCAACAACAAUAUCUGGCCAAUUUCGAUUCGCAGUUGGUCGCCCACCACAAAAUGAUGCGCUCCAUUCACGAAUCCGUUUCAUCCAAGAAAUCUCCAGUGCCAGACGACAGGGUAUCGCCAGUGUCCAACAACAACAGCAGUCGACCCAUAUCGGCCGCUUCCAGUUACGAUUCGGAAUGCCCCAUCGUAACGGCCCGUAGCGGCACGCAAGGAGUGUCCUCCACACCGAUCAGUCUAUCUAACGCUCCAUCAUCGACAGGAGGUAUGCAACUCCUGCCACCACCUCCUCCUCCACCAUCCAUGGCUGCCACGAUGGCAGCGGCAGCCGCGGCCGGUCUUUUUCCUUUUCAUUACGGAGCGGCUGCGGCAGCCGCUGCAGCCGCCGCCGCCGCGUCUUAUCCUCACCAUCCGACCAACAACAGCCCAAGUGGCGGUAGCAGCACAUCGGCUCAUUUGGGCUGCAGUUGUAGCCCACUGUGUGUUAGCAUGAAUCACCAUCAUCAUCAACAGAUGCACGCCGAACAACGAGGCGCAAUGAUCAACGCAAAUUCGCCCAUACCAACAUCUCGCCAACAUCGGUGUUCUUUAUCCAGCAUCUUGUAAAACCCGAAUCACAACAUUAUUAGUUUCGAUGUUGUAGCCCCCGUGUUCGUAGCCAGCGUAAAGAUAAAUCGUGGAUUCUCUUUGGAUCCUUUAAAUCCCCCAAAUUUUCAAUUGAAAAACAAAAAUAAAUAAAUCAGGAUAACAAUAAAAAUAAAAACAACAAAAAAACGAAAGGAAACAAAAGUAUCGGAAUAGAUAACCGGAUCCCAAAAGUUGUGUUUAAGUGAUCCGUCCCUGACUAGUUUUGAGCUUUGCGUAUUCGGUUUGCUUCUCUUUGUCAUAGGCCAUUUCAUGUUUAUGCUGUUUUAAACUCUCUUUAAAUUUUAAGCCUGUCUGUAAAAAUGGAAAAAAAAAAAAAGAAAUUCUCACAGAAUUUCAGUAAAAAGCAAAAAAAAAAAGAAGGGCAAACAAGAAAGAGAAGACGAUAAAUAAGAAAAUAAUAAAAAAAAAAAAGAAAAUCAGAGAGACGGUUGUGUUCUUGUGUGACUGUUUAAAUGUGUGCAUUCCUAUGCUGUUGGUGCCCAUUGUGUCUGUUGCGGGGCAAUUGGUGAUUUGGUUUGUUAAGUGUUUGAGGGACGAAAAGAGAGAAUAAAGAAUAACACAACAACACCAACAAAA